AUGCCGCCCGACAACGACCCACUAGCAAAGGCCAACCAGAUUGCUCACCGCUUCUUUAUAAAGUUCGUGCUUGUCAUUUAUGAUGCGCGCAAUGUCGCGUCUGAGCUGCGCGACGAUGCUAAAACCGACAAAUGGUUCAACAUCGAAAUACCAGACUCAGACGUGUACAAAGAGAAACUUCGGCUUUACAAGUCAAUCUCGCAGCUAGGAGCUUCGCCUCCGCCGCUUGAGCUCCAGGUCCUCAUGAUCGUUCCCGAACUUACGGAUUCGCAGGUGCUUGUGCAGCAUCCUCCAAACUCGUCAAGGAUCCGUGUGGAGCCUACACCUACGCACAUUCUGCUCGAGAGCUGGACGCUCACAUUUGUCGGCACGAGCAGCGGGUCGUUUUCUUCUCAAUCCAGUUCAGGCGAAGUCACCCUUGCAACGGUAUACAAGCAUAUUAUGUCUGUCAUCCGUAGCUUGUACACGCUACUCCGUGUACUUCCCGUAUGGAAGAUAUGCAAGCGCUUGCGUAGGCGCCCAGGAGCAUCUGCACGUAAUGGCCAACUAGGUCUCAUGCUGCGUCUUCGGCCGCGGAGCGCGGACGGUUCAGCAACUGAAGACAUGCGAUAUUUGGGUUUCGAUGAACCAUUGUCACCAAGCUCUCCCCCAUUAAAGACUGUCAGUCACACCUUCGAGCCUGUAACACAUCCUCUGGGUGUCUUCUCCGCCGCUGUCACAUACUUGGAAGCACCUCACUUUGAGAUUGAUACUGUCGAGGCCCUAUUAUCGUCACGUUUCUUAUCUCUUGACGCUGGACCUGAGUUCACUCCAACACUGGCUCGGAACUCACAGCGUGAGAGCAUGUCGGCCUCUCCGGGAAGUCUUCCGGCGCGAACCAGCCUGCCCUUAUCACCAACGCCUGACAGAACGGACAGGGAUAGGACAGGUGUUGGUCUUGCCGUUGGUGCGGGCACAGUAUCGAGUAUUGCAGAUAGAUUUGUUUUCCCCGCGAAUAACACCGCAAGUGGAAGUCGUACAUCCUUUCCAAGCACGAGUCCGCGCUCGCGCAACACUGCGCUUCCUUCCGCUCCGGGACCAGUACAGCGGUCGGUAUCUGCACAGCAGCCACAGACCGGAGCAAGUGCAGGCUCUGCGGGAUCAGUUGGCUCAUCUUCGCGACCUUCACGUGAGGAAACGCGAGAGGGUGCGACACUCGCCCGUUUACGACGAGAGAGUACGGGCAUGGGUCGUGGAUCAGACCUCCCUUCCACACCUGGUCCUCUCCUUAUUCGACGGCCUUCUGCGACAGUAAAUGCCUUCAAAUCAGGCACACUAUCCUCGGGUUCGCCAUCACUGUACAGCAACUCGCCAUCACUGCGACACGGAUCGCCACUUUCGGGUCCAUCCUUACCGGCAGCACCCACCGGUCGAUCGCCUUCGGCUGUGCCACCCUCACCUACCAGCACUCGAUUGCCAGUUUUUCGUGGAGAAACCGGUGCGGGACCGAGUUCGCCAAUUGCAACUGCACAUUACACUAGUUCGUCACCCGUUCUACCAUUGCGUCCUUCUCCACCUACCCCCUUCGCACCAUCAAGUUUGGGUGAGCGUCGGUUCCCUCCGUCAUCUACGGGGCAGAGUCCAUCAGCGGAGCUUGGUAUCACGGGUUCGGAUCCUGUGCCCGCUCCGUUACGGAGAAAGCGGUACUCGAGUAGCUUUGGUUACAGAUAUGCUGCUGCUGGUAGUGAUGGCAGUGCUGGAAGUGGGGAGAAGGGUAAAGAGCCUGAGCGGGUCGGGAGUGCCUCCUACUUGAGCACCAAUACGGAUGAUGACGACAUUUCUGCAUUUGUGCAAGAAAUUGACGCUCGAAAGCCGAUAGGUGGUGGAUUCAAUAAUCGGCAUGAUCGCGAGCGAACACUUAGCGAAGCAGGCCUAGCUAGACGAGCUCUUCUAUCAGGCGCGGACCUUCCAGAACGAUCUCAGCUAUCUCAGCCAACGGAGGUUAUAGAUGCAGAGCGGCCAGAUUUCUUGAGGAGACAUACCAGAACAGUUUCAGAAGGACCCAGAGGCUCUGCUCUUGCACGUGAAGUCGCCACCUUAGUUACAACUGACACAGAAAGGCAGCCUUCAGAGCAAUCUGGAAGCCCUCUUAGUCAAGACACAAUAGAGGAACGGUUAAGAAAUCUUAAUAGCGCCUUUCGUGAGAGUAUGGGUCUCGUUGAACGCAGACUAGGUGUCUCAAGGGAUUCCGCAAGGUCGGGUUCGGAUACACCACCAUCGUCGUCGGCACCCUUCCCUCCGGCACGACCACUCCCUGUACCCGGUGCGUCACAUCUACGCACACCGUCGUUUGGUGCAAGCGGCGCUGUCACGCCGGAACGUCCUCUUUCUGCUCCUAGACAAGCACGCAGAGACUCGGGGCCCGAGAGUUCCAUGCCUCCUCGACGCUCCGCUACGACACCUGGAGGUGGAGGGCAGAAUGUUAGUGUAUGGGAUAACCGACGGUUACGAUCCGAUUCUGACGGAUCGUCUACUUCGGCGGUCGGUGAAAUAGACCGUGCAAGGUUAUUCUAUGAGCAGGGCAAUGCCGCUCGCGGGUCGGGUGGGUCAGUCAGUGCAGUGAGUGGGGCAUCGGAAGAAGCCGUAGGGAGGAUGGACCUGGAUCGUAAUGAUCAGUGA